CAAAAGUUAAAAUUAAAAUGGGAGCUUCAAUCUGCCAAUAAACUUGUGCGAUUAAUGAUCGUGAAUUGGUUAAGGAAUAAUUAGAACUUUAACCAAAAAGUCUCGAUUCAAGACGUGAAUGUUCCUAGGUCUAGGAUUAACCAAUUACAGAUCAGCUUCGCAUUAAUAUUUAAAAUUCUUCUCACAUUAGCUAUAAUUUGGCAGAUCAACAGCAAAGUAAGCCAUGCAUUGUGAUUUAGAUUAAAGUAAAGAAUCUUCUGUUUCAAAUGACAAUCCUGAAGCUAUGACUCCUUGGCUACCUUGGUAUAACUAAUUAUUUUAUAACAAGUGGGCAAAAUAAUUUUAAUGGAGAAUAGUAUAUUCAAUUGUUAAACACAGAAAUUGUUUAGUCUAUUAAAUUAUAAUCAUAAUUAGUGAGCUCUCAAAAUGGAGAUAUAUUGCCUAUGUAAAAUUCUCAUAAUUUACGUUCAGAUUAGAAUUCAAACAAUAACAAUCUAACUCAUCUUAUCCUAGAUUUUGCAAUGACGAAAAGGGGAAUAAAUUAUUGAAUAUGUAAAUUAUUGAUGAUAAUGUACGCUCUCCUCUUCUAUCAAUAGCUUGAUGACUAUAUUAAUUACGAUUGGAAAAACUCUAAAUUUUAAUUGAUUAGUAUUAAUGAUUAAAAUCUAUUAAAGAAAGCAAGCUCAACAAGAC